GAUGGGAUUUCAGCUCCGGGGGCAGAGCGAGAGGACGUGCAUUAAAAGUCGGCUCCGAAAGGGACGGGAUCCCCAUUUCUCGGCGGCGGCCGCGCUCGCAUCGCUGCCUCUGUUCUCCCAGUUUACGGCUUUUUCCCAGUAAAACAGCCAAACUGGGACCAGGACGCUGUGCAUCCUCCGUCCUCCCUCAGCUUUUCUCUUUUUUUGGCUGAAAGAAGCAGCUCGGAAUCGGGAUGAAAUCCUCCUUCGCUUUCCUGCUCCUCGUGUCAGCAGCCCUGCUUUAUCCCUAUGGUCCGGAUCAGGGUGACCGUAAAAACCCCAAACUCGAUGACGGGACAUCCAAGAGUCUACCCCUCUCCGUGCCCUUCACUUUCUACGGCAAAGAAUACCGAACCCUUUUUGUGAACAACAACGGCGUGAUCUCCUUCGACACCAGGGUCAAGCAAUACACCCCUGACCCGUUCCCCCUCGUCGAUGGGCGUUCCUUCGUGGCACCGUAUUGGGGCGACGUGGACAACGUGCUCGGUGGGGAUGUCUUCUACCGCCAGACCACCGACCCGGCGUUGCUCAAGCUCAUCACCCAAAACAUCAACCAGUAUUUCCCCAGUAUCCCCUUCACCGCCACGUGGGCUUUCGUGGCCACCUGGGACCACGUUGCCUAUUACGGCUCCACCAGCAAAAAGGGGAACACCUUCCAGGCCACCCUGACCACCAACACCAAGACAUCCUUCGUCAUCCUCAACUACAAGGACAUCCAGUGGACCACAGGGGCGGCGAGCGGCGGUGACCCCAAAACCGGCCUUGGUGGCACCCCGGCCCACGCCGGCUUCAACAACGGGGACAAAACCAACUACUACAACAUUCCCGGCUCCCGCACCGAAGCCGUCAUCAACAUCACCAAAACUUCCAACGUCAACGUGCCGGGCCGUUGGGUCUUCCAGGUGGAUGUCUUCAAGGCGUUCAACGUCACCACCGAGGCGCCCCAGGCUGACACCGGCAAGAGCUGCUGGCUGAUCAGCCAACGCGUCACGGAUCCCAUUGGCCCCAUCCCGUUGGCCAACAACCUCCCCCAGAGCAAUAAAAUUGCAGCUGAGACAUCACGGCUCCCAACCAUGGCUGGAAGCCCGGGAUGGAGAAAAUCCCGUGUAAAUCUAUGGGGCUGGACCAUCUUAUGGGGUGUUCUUCAUUUGUCCAGCGUCGCCGUGUCGGCCCCUCACCACCUGGGCAAAGAAUUUGUGGUGGCCUUCAUGCAGAACGGCUUGCAGCAGACCCUCAACAGCGACUUCAAGCUGCUCAUCAGAGGUUAUUCUCCCUUCACAUCGGUCACUAUCUCCAUGAAGAAGCCGGGCUUGAGGAUGACGGUGCAAGUGACCACGGGGCAAACCGUGCUCGUGAAGAUCCCGCCCCAAGCGGAGAUGGUGGGCAGCAAAACCUUUGAGAACACCGUGGUGGUGAAGGCCAACAACCCCAUCUCCUUGGUGGCCAUCAACGAGAAACCCACCUCGGCGGAUUCCACCGUGGUCUACCCCGUACACAGCUGGGGCACCGAAUACCAAAUCGUGACGCCCAAUGUGGGCACCGACCGCUACGGCGAAUUCACGGUGGCCGCGUGGGAUGAGCCCACCACCGUCGAGGUGCACCUCAAAGCCAUGGUGACCUACCAAGGCCAGUCCUACCCUCGUGGCUCAGUGCUCCCCAUUCAACUGAAGCCUUUCCAAGCGGCCCAGCUCCAAAGCCCGGCAGAUAUGUCCGGCACCCGCGUCGUGGCACAAAAACCCGUGGCUGUCUUCACCGGCCACACGUGCUUAGCAAGACUCACCCCAUGUGACCAUUUGGUAGAGCAGCUCCAACCCAUUUCCAGCUGGGGCAACACUUUCAUUGUGCCACCGUUGCCUUUCGACGCUCAAUCCGACAUCGUCUAUGUCUCCACCUCCCAACGCACGCACGUGGAAUCUCAACAUGGGAUGAGCAGAUCUGCUCGGGACCUCCGGGCUGAUCGCUCAACGCUCUACGGGCUCCAAGCCCCAAAUACCUUGUACCUCUCUGCCAACGCUGGCAUCCAGGUCAUUUUUUUUGGCGACGGAGGUAACAAAGGCUCCAUCACUUACGACCCGUUUUUUAUGACCAUCCCGGAUGUCUCCAGCUACUGCCUCUCCCAUAACGUCUUCGCUCUGGAGGGUUAUGAGAAUUACGUCCUAUUGAUUGCCAAGACCUCGGAGGUGGCUGGGAUCAUGCUCAACAAAACGCCGUUGGGAAAUGCCAUGUGGGUGCCCAUCCCGGGCACGGAAUACUCGUGGGCAAGGCAAAGCUUGGGCAGUCAGUUUGCUGUCCAUACAGUGGAGCACAAGACGUCCCCAUUCGGGGCGCUCAGCAUGGGGAUCCGGGAGCAGAAAUCCUAUGGGCUGAUGGCAGUGUGCGACAGCGAUCCGUGCCGGACCACGCAAUGCCGCGCCAAGGAAAGCUGCAAAAUGGAGAAGGGGGAAGCGGUGUGCGUCCACGACUACAUGGGAACGUGCAUGGGGUCGAGGUCCUUGCAGUACCACACCUUCGAUGGGGUGGACGUGGACAUCCGGGGUGGUUGCACCUACACCAUCGCCAAAUAUUGCGGUGCUGAUCCCACCCUGGUUCCUUUUGUCGUGGAGGAGAAGAAGAGCGAAGGCGAUCUCAAGGAGUGGUUGACCAACGUCUUUGUGCAUGGAUACAACAUCUCCAUCCAAAUGGGAGAGGGAGGCGGAAUCCAGGUCAACAACCAACCCACCACCCUACCGGCCAACCUGCAGAACGGAAAAAUCCAAAUCUCUCGAAACGAGGGCCGGAUCGUCCUGCAGACGGAUUUUGGGCUGCAGGUGACCUACGACGAGGACUGGGCCGUCAUGGUGGCGGUGCCCAGCAGUUAUUUCGGGACCACCUGUGGGCUCUGUGGGAACUUCAAUGAGGAUGGGGAGGAUGAGAUGAAGCGCCCUGACGGCACGGCGGCCGCCGAUGCGACGGAUUGGGCUGAGAGCUGGCGAGAUCCCUCGUGCCAGGAGGACAGGGGAGAGGAAGGGACGCUGCAGGACACAAUGGGACACGGGGGCCAAGAGGAUGGCAAGCCGUCCUCCUGCGAAUCCCAAGAGAAAUGCACCGUGGACAGCAGUCCCCCGCGCCGCCGAGCGACCAAAACCUCCACCUGCAUCGGGACGGGCGAUCCGCACUACACCACCUUCGACGGGCGGAAGUACGACUUCCAGGGGACGUGCAUCUACCAGUUCGCCGCCCUCUGCUCCCCCGACCCCACGCUCGUCCCCUUCAAUGUCACCGUGGAGAACAACAACCGGGGCAGCAAAGCGGUGUCCUUCACCAAAACCGUCACCAUGGAGGUGUACGGCGAUGUCAUCAGCAUGAGCCAGGAGCACCCGCGGAAGGUGAAGCUCAACGGGGCCUUCGUGGAGCUCCCAUUCACCCGCAAGGACCAUUUUGAGCUCUACCACAGCGGCGUCCACGGCUUCAUCCGCACCGCCUUCGGUUUACGGGUCAGCUUCGAUUGGUACAGCUACGCCCGCGUCAUCGUCCCCGACACCUACGCGGGCGCCGUCUGCGGCCUUUGCGGCAACGCCAACGGUGACCCCGAAGACGACCUCACCGCCCGCGAUGGGAAGAAAAUCGAAGACGAAAUCCGCUUCGCCGACAGCUGGAAGGUCGGGGACGUCCCCGGUUGCUCGGCGCGUUGCGUUGGGGAUUGCCCGACGUGCGGCGAAGAGCAGAAGAGACCCUACCGCGGCGACGCUUAUUGUGGGGUGAUCGGCGCGAGUGGGGGACCCUUCCGGGAUUGUCACCGCGUCGUCGACCCGGGGUCGUUCCUGGAGGACUGCGCUUUCGACGCGUGUCAGUACAAAGGAAGGAGGGACGUCAUCUGCAAAGCCAUCGCGGCGUACAUGACCGAGUGCCAAAGCAACGGGGCCGCCGUGGGGCAGUGGAGGACGCCAUCAUUCUGCGCCCCCGUCUGCCCUCCCCACGCUCACUACGAGCUCUGCGGUGCCGCCUGCCCCCCCACCUGCCGGCCCCACGCGCUCCCCGAGGGCUGCGCAUCAGCCCCGUGCACCGAGGGCUGCUUCUGCGACGCCGGCUUCAUCCUGAGCGGAUCCGAAUGCGUCCCGGCCUCUGAAUGCGGCUGCGAACACCGCGGCCGCUACUACAAGAAGGGCGCGGAGUUCUACCCCUCGUGCCAGGAGCGCUGCACCUGCAAAGCCGACGGGGUGACGGAGUGCAGGGCCGCAUCCUGCGGCGCCCACGAGGAGUGCAGGGUGCAGGACGGGGUGCUGGGGUGUCACCCCGCCGGCUACGGGCGCUUGGUGGUGUCGGGGGACCCCCACUACGUGACGUUCGACGGCCGAGCCUUCGACCUGCGGGGUUCCUGCAGCUACGUGCUGGCCAAGGUCUGCAAAGCUGAGCGUGGGUUGGCCAACUUCUCGGUGCUGCUGGAGCACGACGGCGGGGGACGGGGCGACGUGGCGCUGGUGAAGAAGGUGAUAGUGAGCAUCUAUGGGUACACGGUCAGCAUGGAGCAAGGCCGGCGCUGGGAGGUGACGGUGGACAGCGAGCGCUUCACGUUGCCGCUGGUGACUGAGGACCAAAAACUCCACAUCGGGCAAGAGGGGACCAACCUCGUCCUGCAAACGACCUCCGGCCUCCGGCUGCUCUACAACGCGGCCACGUAUUUGCUGGUCACCAUCCCCAACGCCUACCGGGGCCGCGUGUGCGGCCUGGGGGGCAACUUUAACGGGGACCCCGGUGACGAUUUCCUGCUCCCCGAUGGGUCCCCGGCCAAGAGCAUGGAGGAAUUUGUCACCUCUUGGAAAACGCCGUCGGCGGACAGUGCUUGCGCCGAAGGUUGCAACGGGAAGCCCUGUCCUUCUUGCGACGCCGACGCCGCUGCUCCGUACGGCGGUGGGGAUCAAUGCGGCCUCAUCCGUGACCCCAUGGGGCCAUUCGGGUCGUGCCACCCCCGGGUGAGCCCGGUGCAGUAUUUCCAGCAUUGCCUCCACGAUGUUUGCGCCGCUGAUGGGGCGCGGGGUGCUCUGUGCCACAGCCUGCAAGCCUACGCCGCCGCUUGCCAAGCCGCCGGCGCCGAGAUCGGAGGGUGGAGGACGGCGGAGUUUUGCCCCCUCUCCUGCCCACCCCACAGCCACUACGAACUCUGCACCCGCACCUGCGACUUCACCUGUGCCAGCCUCUCCGUGCCGACCCCGUGCACCUGGCCGUGCUUUGAGGGAUGCCAAUGUGACGAUGGGUUCCUCUUCGACGGCAACGCCUGCGUGUCCCUGGAGCAGUGCGGCUGUGUGCACCAGGGGCGAUAUCUCAAGGCAGGUGAGACCAUCACCACCAACAACUGCACCACGAAAUGCAACUGCCACCCAUCGCAUGGACUCACCUGCGAGGCCACCCGCUGUCCCCCGGACGAGGUCUGCGUGGCUCGGGAAGGGACGCAGCGGUGCCUGAAGCAGGAGGGACGGUGUCGGAUCUCCCCGGGAGCCUCCGUGACCACGUUCGAUGGGGUGGGAGGAAGGCUCCCCGACAGCGGCACCUACAAAAUGGCCGCCCUCUGCGACGAGCGGUCGCCUCACUGGUUCAAGGUGGUGGUGGAGGUCAGCGAGUGUCGGGACGACGGGAUUCCGGCCGCCGUGGCCGUCUUUGUCUUCUUCCGUGAAGCUUUCAUCACCGUCAAUAACAACAUGGAGGUUUGGGUGAACGGACUCUUCACCCGCCUCCCGGCCACGGUGUCCGACGCCAUUUCCCUGGACGCGGCGGCGGGGAACAUCACCAUUUCCCACGUGUCGGGGUUGGAGGUGCUCUUCGGUCCCGCUGGGGAGGUGACGUUGACCGCGAGGGCCACCCUGGUCAACCGCCUCUGUGCCCCCUGCGGCAACUUCAACGGGGACACGGGGGACGACCUGAGGUUGCCCAAUGGCCGCGUGGCCGAGAGCAUCGCCGAGGUCGUCGACGCCUGGAAAGCCAAGGAUUUUACGGGAUGCGAUUGACACACAAAACCAAAGGAGAUGAUUAUUCCGGUGAGUGAAUGUUCUUCGCUGUUGCACUGGUUGGAUGAGGCUUCGUGUCAUUCUUCUUAACGAGUUCCCCGGAUAAUUGGGGUUUUCGGCUGCUCGGCCCAGCGCUUUGUCCCUGUGAGAUGGCAAGGGUGGAAGAGAAGAAAAUGGAGUGAUUUGUGUGAACGGCCAUUUCACUGGGAAAAAGAGAGAAAAAUCUUGCCAAAUAUCGGGGGAUUUUGUCAAAUAUCAGGGUAUUUUGCCAGAUGUUAGAGGAUUUUGCCAAAUACAAGGUGAUUUUGCAAAAA